AUGAGCACUAAUCUUUAUUCCUCUCCAUUUUCACAGCUAUUUUGUAGGCUCCGAACUCACCAGUGGUGUUUUAUGCUCUUCAGUGUGGCCCUUUUCCACAUUUUGCUCUUCGGAGCCGAUCUGCUGGAAGAAUACUUCUUACAAGCCAUCCCCACCACUUACAUGGACAUGAAAGUUCUCAGAGCUCGGGAAAGAGCCCGGAUACUGGACAUGUCCUCCAUGAAAACCAACAUCUCCAAGGCUUACGUUCUUAGCAAAGCAGAAGCUUGCUCCAAACAUGAGAUCUUCCUGCUGGUUCUCAUUUUCAGUAGCCCUGAAAACCUGUCCAGGCGCAACGCGAUUCGAAAAACAUGGGCCAACGUGACCGACAUCCAAGGUUACACCACUCUGGCCUUGUUUGUGUUGGGUGAGCCGUCUUCAGCUAGAGCCCAAGUGGAGGUCAUCAAGGAAUCAGAGCAGGAACAGGAUCUAAUCCAAGGAAUCUUUCUUGAUACCCCAGAGAAUCAGACGCUGAAGAUCAAGAGGGCCAUAGAGUGGACCAUCACUUAUUGCCCCCAGGCCAGGUUCAUUCUCAAGGUAGAUCAGGAUAUGUUUGCCAACCUCCAAACCUUGGUUGAAUACUUGCUCAACUUAAGAACUCGCCCAGAAGACAUCUAUCUUGGGAGGGUGGUUCAUCAAAACGUCCCCAGCGGAGAAUCCCAAAACGGCACUUUUGUCUCCGUGAAAAAAUAUCCUGGACGGCACUAUCCUGACCACUGCAGUGCUACGGCCUUUGUCAUCUCGCAAGAUGUUGCUCGGAAGAUCUACAUAACGUCUGGAGAAGUUCCUCUUUCCCUACCGCCUGGCAUCUUUGUGGGUGUCUGUGCAAGAGCGGCCGGCGUGGUGCCCGUCCACAGCUCCCGCUUUUCUGGGGAAAGACGUAUCUGGUACAACCGAUGCUGCUAUCAAUAUAUUUUCACUUCCACUGUUUCGGAGAUCAGCCAGCUUCUCCAAGAAUGGAGGGAGAUGAACAGCGGUAAAGACUGCACAUUCCUGGAAACCUAUUAUGGGCUGGUGUCCUGCAGAAUCAUGACGUAUCUGGACGGGUUGAAAGCUUCGAGAGUCAACGCCGUUCAGAAAGAGGCUUUGUAUUUUUCUGACUAGAAGAAUCAAAUCAUAGCAUCUCCGUUUGGCUUCCUUGUGGGCUUACCCAAUCUUUCUUACUCCCCCUUCUUAUUGGUAUUAUUCUGUUGCUUUGCAUGUACACCGAGAGCUUCUCCAUCGGAGACAUAUUCCUUGUGUGUCUAAUCACCCUUGGCCAAAUAAAGGAUUCUAUUCUAUAUUCUAUUCUGCUGAUCAAGAGACUUACAAUUGAUCUUCCCACUUACAAUCGUUGCGGCAUCCCGUCAUGUGAUUAAAAUUGUUCAUUUCUCGUUCAGCACUACGUAACUGGAGGACUCCCUGUAUAAGGGUAGACGAUCACUUGACUAUGAGUGUGCAGCAGCAACCAAAAAUGCUAAUACGCUCCUGGGUUGUAUAAACAGAGGCAUAGAAUCAAGAUC